AUGCAGAGCCUGCUCCUGACUGUCACACUGUUUGUCCUGGUGGCUGUCCUACAAGCUCAGGAUGACCUGCCCUUCCUCUCAGAAGAAAAGAAACUCUCAGGUGUCUGGUUCAUAAAGGCUAGAGUGACUGAAAGGAACCUGACAGAGCUGAGGAGACCUAUGCUACGGAUGACACCUUUCCAGGAGGAACUUCUGUCUCGUGAUGGGACCACAGCAAGGUCUGGAGCCAUCCGACUGGUUUUGGGUCAAAUAUUCUGCUACAUCUAUGAGCUGCCAGUGAAGGACCACUACAUCUUAUAUGCUGAAAACCUUUCAUUUGAGAAAAAAUUCCAAAUGGGGCUCCUCAUAGGAAAGUAUCCAAAAGAAAACCUGGAGGCCCUGGAAGAAUUUAAGAAAUUCACACAGCACAAAGGACUUCUCCAAGAAAACAUGGUUGUGUCUGUGCAGAGGCUGCUGUGUAACCUCGUGCCCUUCACCAGCAGGGCCCUUCUUGUCAUCUUAAUCAUGGGGCCAUCCGAGCUGCAGGUGUAA